AUGGGUUACCGGAUCGUGGGACUAACGGGACUUGGCUCAAUGGCUCUUUCUGAGUGGGUUGGGGCAGCCGGCGUAUGCAGGCAGCCACAAUGUCGUCAUGCCAGAACCCAAGUAACUUCUACGUAUUCAUCACCUCCAGUACCUCUUCGCAAGCAGCCUUUUCCCAUCGACUUUACCAAAGAACAUGUGAAGCAGAUCUUGUUGACUGUUUCAGAUAACAAGACUUGGCCUAUGCAUUGGAUGCUGUCUGACAACGGCAGGUUGACGCUCCAAAAGGGUUGGGCGGAAUUUGCAGAGCAUUAUUGCAUAAAGACUGGACACUUGCUGCUCUUCAUCUAUCAGGGAGGUUUCACUUUUCAUGUUAGAAUAUGUGAUCUGAGCAGUUGUAAGAUAAAUUAUGAGUGCUUUCCACAGGGAAUCAAUCAAUCUGUGUGCAUGACAGAAAAAGCGGUCUCAAAAACAUCAGGAUUGUCUGCCUCUGUGAUGCCAUUAUGCUGGAAGCCAAGUAACUUCUACGUAUACAUCACCUACGACAGCCUUUACCCAAGCAGCCUUAGAAUGCCCAUGGAGUUUACCAGCAAACAUGGGGAACAUAUUCUGUCUGCAAAUGUCUCACUGAUUGUUUCAAAUGGCGAGACUUGGCGAAUGGACUGGAUGAUAUCUGGCAACGGCCAGCUAUGGCUCCAGAAGGGUUGGCCAAACUUUAAGAAGCAUUACGACAUAAAAAUUGGACACUUGCUGUUCUUUAGUUAUCAGGGAAAUUCAACGUUUCAUGUUCAAAUAUUCGACGGAAGCAAUUGUGAGAUAAAUUACCUUCUUCAAGAAAUCGAUAUGUUAUGUUAGUUACUCUUUAGAAAGCUGACCAUUUUGCCGAAAUUAUGUUGUAAUCGUUAAAUUUGAAGGGUUAAAUCUUGUUAAUACUUUAGUAUUGU